GAAAAAAAUGCCAGAAAAAUACGUGGACGAUAUGCUAAAAGUAGUAGAGAGCAAAUUUGAAUUUGUUCCUCCAAUAAAUGAGUUAACACGAGAAAUGAUAAAAUCUGAGUUGAAUGAGAAGUGGAGGCAGUGGAAGGGUGAUCUAAAGGCAAUGGCAUAUGAUCCGAGUAAAACAGAAGAAGAAGUUGCAUCAACAAUACCUGAUGAUAGGGUUGACAAAGAUCAAUAUCGUGAGUUGGUUCAUUAUUGGUUCUCCGAUGAUGGACAAAAAAUAAGCAAAAUUAACAGGCAAAAUCGUGCUAAGUUUGAAGAUGUCCAUUGCAUGGGUACAAAAAGUCUCCCAAAAUUUAUUGAUGAAAAGAUGAAAAAAGGGAAAGGAGUAUUACCUGAUCGUCAAGAGAUUUACAUCGAAACUCGCACUCGUAAAGAUGGGUCCAUUGUUAAUGAAAAGGCUGCAAAAUUGAUUGAAGAACUAAACAAAUAUAGUAAUGAGGCUGGGCCAUCUCAAUCAACCCAAAGUAUGCAAGGUUCUAUGUCUUGGAAUGGUGAUACAUUUUCUAAAGUACAAGGAGCUGCAAAGAAGGGGCGUGUGCGAUGUAUGGGCAAGUUUCCUAAAUCCAAAAAAUCAAAGGUUUAUGUGUCCGAAAAUGAAGAGUUACGUGAUAGAGUUAAGCAUAUGGAAGGCUUGUUAGCAAAUGUCCUUACCUUAAUUCAGAAUAAAUUUUCUGGACAAGAUGUGAAUGACAUAAUACAAGCUGCUCGACAAAUUACUGAUACUUCUAGUGCUCAUAACCAUUUGAACUCUCCUAGUCCUAACAAUAAUGAAGAUAUUGAAAAUGGUGAAGAUUAAAGGCUAGUAUGGGAGACUUGAUGAUGAAAACUUGAAGAUAGAAGUUAUAGGCUAUAAAGUGCACACAAUUUGUUUUGGAGUUGGAACCCUUUAUUUUAUAAUUACAAAACAAUCUUUUUUUGUUGUUGUUAGUAUAAUUUUCUAAAUAC